AUGGCUGCCCGGAAGUGGAAAAGGGCGGAUAAUGUUACCGUAGCCAUUUUGGAUGAGGGAAUUAAUAUCCGGAAGCGCCUCCAUUUAUGGCGGUUGUUGCCAGCGGCGCCAUUUUGUGUCAGGGAAAUAGAUGCCGGAAGCGCCUCCAUUUUGAAAGAUGGGGGGAGAGGGACGUCGGCGGCAAUAGGCGGAACUUCUCACGGAUCUGGGCAAAUCGCUGGGCGGAUUAGCUAACCCUUUCCUCUCCGAGGUAGGAUCCUCUCCGUGUUUGCCACCAGCCGGAGCUCGCGGUCCACGGGUAGCCGCUGGCCCCGGAGGGCGAGUCCUCUUUGCCCCUUUGCCUGCUUCGUUGAGGGGGAAAUGUGUGGCCUGCAUGCGCGGCCGGGGAACCCUUGGUCAAAAUUCAUUUUAAAGGCUGGGGGGGGGGCCCAGAACCGAAUUAACGGCGACGCAGGGUGUUGUCUUUUAUUGUUAUUUACUAUAGUGGAUUUAUCUGGCGGUUCACAGGAUAAAAAGACGGGGUAGAAAUAUCUGUAAAUAGUUUUUAAAAACACCAAUAACCUUCCCUCCCAGAAGCGUUUAAAGGCUGUAAAGCCCUUUAAAAAUGCCUAAAAAGAACAUUUGGGGCUUAGUCUCGUCUCCCCUAACCCUUAACAGUAGAGGUUUUUUAUUUAUUCUAUUUUGGGGAGAAACACCCCUGGCCCUGUCUCCUUUCCCCAUUUCUCAGCAACUCCCAAGUAAUUGGCUUGAGAUCUCUAUUGCAUUUAACCCUUAGACAGCUUUUGUGAGCCUAAUCAAGCAAUGUGCUGAAAAUUUAAUUUGCUCAGACGAACCAUUGCUUCCAUCAGUGGUUUUGGAACCAGGUAAUUCCUCCAGAUUUAUCCACACUAGCCAAGUAAAGUCAAAACACAUACCUUGAAUUGAAUGCCACAAGAAUAAAUGGGGAUCAGCCCCUGCUAUAGUGGGCAGCCCCAAAAGCCAUUUGUGUUGUUAAGAUUUUCAAAAGCAGAAAUAAUAUUUACAAAACAGCAACUUCAGACCAGUUUUGGACACUUGCAGCACUUUGCAAUGUUAAGAGGUGCUCUAAAGAAAAGCACUUUCUACAUUCAUGAGCCUCAUUCCCCCCUUUUGCUGGAGGUAUAAAUGUUGUUAGCAAUGUGCAAUCACCCUGAAGGCUUCAGGUCUGCUCCUGACUGUUGAAAUGCUCCUGGGGAGGCUGUAAGUCAGUCAGUAAACUCUGCUUCCAGUCAGUAAACUGAUUGCAAGGUGUCCUUCAUGGCAUAACUUGCAGCUGCAGGAGAAGGUGUGGAUCCUAUACCUAAAUAUCCCUGAAAGUGUCAUUUAAAAGUGCAACAUCUAGCAAUUAAAUUCAAUCACCUUUGAGCAGAAGGUUGUGACACCUGCAUAUUCCUGGGUUGCAGCGAGCUGGACUUGAUGACCAUCACAGGAUUCUUUGGAAAAUGCUUCAGAAAUAAUAGAAAUAGCAUUCAUUUAAGUUAGUCGUAUGAUGGCACAGUAGUCUCACUUCCCUGUAAACUGUAUUUUUCGCCCCAUAGGGCGCACCGGCCCAUAGGGUGCACCUAGUUUUUUUGGGGGGGGAAAUAAAGGGGGGGAAAUUAUUUUUCCCCCCAGGCUGCGCUCCCGGGGUGUCGGGCUGCAGGCUGCUGUCCGCAAGCCUUGGGAGCCUGGCAGGAAGUCGCGCCGGUCUCCCCAGGCUUGCGGAUAUCUGCCCGAAGCCUGGAGAGCAAGAGGGGUCGGUGCGCACCGACCCCUCUCGCUCUCCAGGCUUCAGCGAAAGCCUGCAUUUGCCCCAUAGGACGCACACACAUUUCCCCUUCAUUUUUGGAGGGGUAAAGGUGCGUCCUAUAGGGCAAAAAAUACGGUACUUUAUUACUCCUUGCACUGCAAUUUGAGCUUGAUAUAUCCUAUGCCUGUUUUUACAUGGACCCCCUCUUUCAGUUUUUCUGAAAGAAACCUGUCCCACUGAUAUUUCUCAGGUCUGUAUGGGCUCUGCUGAAUUCCUGCUCCAAAAAAGUGGAAACACUAUGACAAGCUUAAAAAAAUGUUUUAGUAUAACUUAUGAAAAAUACAGAAGCUUUUCUACUAGGGAUAACGGACACAGGUAUAGCAAGAGAAGAUCAGAAAAUAUUCCUCUAUGCCACAGGAGUGGCAAGGAUCCUAAUUGCUAAAAACUGGAAAAAGAAACUGUGCCAACAAAAACGGAAUGGCAAGACAAACUGUUAGAGUAUAUUAAACUGGCUAGAUUAACAAAGGCAGUUAGAGAUCGCACUAGACAAGAGUUUCAAAAAGCAUGGGGAAAAUGCAGAGAAUACUUCACAAAACAGUGCCCUAAAAUACAUAUGAGCUUCCUUGCAGUGGGUUGGACUAGAUGCCCCUUGAUGCCCCUUUCAUGUAUCCCAUGCUCCCUGUCUCUCUUCCUCUCCUUUUAAUGACACUUCCCCCGGUUUUUUCCUAGCUGGGCCGCCUCCGGGAACCUAAGUGCUGGCACCUGCAAUUUCGCCUGCUGGCAUUGUUCUGACAAGAUCCAUUGUGGUAAGUUUUGGCGUCACCAAAGACCGCUGGGAUUGCUCUGACAAGAUCCAUUGACACCAGUUUUGGCGUCACCAAAGGAAUUAAGGAGAUGUGCUUCAAUUCCCCUCGCAGAUAGUAUUUAACCCAUCACGGCAUCUCUCAAAGCAUAGGAACUGUAGUUUCCUAUGGGGGGAGAGAAUAUUCUGCGCAACCUUUCCCAAGGGAACUCUGGGAGUUAUAGCUCUGACAGGGUCUCUUUGGGAAACGGAACAAACUACAGUUACCACAAUGUCCCCCCAAAGCACCCUGGGAACUAUUGCUUGCUCUGGGUGUUGAGGGUUGUGGCAUCUGAACAGUAAACAAUCUGUCCUUGCAUUCCACAGUAUACAACUCCUUGCCGUCCCAAGCCCAUUUCUCUUCCUAGGGAACUCUGGGAACUGUAGCUCAUGGGAGGAACAGCACUUGGUGCCCUGAACUCUGGGAACCAAUGGGCUGGCACCGCCGAGUGUCGCCUUGGCCUGCGACUUUGAAGGCACCGCCUGCAGCUGGGAGGACGUCAGCAUGGGCACUGACCAGGGUAAACUUGCUUCAUUUGAAAGGCAGAGAAGCAUUGCUAAGCAGUUAGAGCACCCCUUUGACCUGGUGCCCCCCAACCAGGCUGGUACAUGAGCACCUCGGAGCAGCGAACCAAGCCACCUGACUCCGCUCCCUGACCAUGAGUGACGCGGCCACAGCCUGUGAACUCCGCACCUGGUACAGUAUGGCCGAAAGGUAAGCUUGGGGCACUGGUGGUCAGAAAUCCAACAGGCGCAGAGCCAUGUGCUUGGCCUUUUUCCCUGUGUGGAGGAAAUGCCACGAGGCACAGUUGUCGUAAUUCCAUAUUGAUAUCACAUAUUACAUUUCUAAGCUGCAGGACAUACCGUGGUGAUAUCAUAUAAUUAUUAUUUAUUGAUUUCCAGACUACUGACCCGCCUGGUAGGGCCGGCAUAAUGAAAUAUCAUUCUUAUCAUGAAAUUUACUGAUGCCCUGCUUCCCGUCCCCCUUUGGGAUUCCUGGCAGCUGACCGAUAAAAAUGUUUAUAUAUCUAUGGUUCCCAUCUGCAAGGGUCAGGCUAGAUGACCCCUGGUUCCUCACCCUGCAGGACUCAACGGGAGCUUCCCAGUGGAGCUGAGCCUCGGAAGCCAGAUUGUCCCCUGUGGCGAAGCCCUGCGUCACCCUCAGGUGCCCCCUGCUGGCCUACACCGGAAGAAUCCGCAGUGCUUUCCAGGUGGGUCUUGGGCUCCUCACCCUCCCCGGCCGCUCCUUAUCUGGAGCAUGUCAAGAGCGCAGGUGACCUUCUCGGUGAUGAGUGUGGCACUGGACAACGUGUAGUUCAGGAACUGUCGCCCCCAAAGUAAAGCUUUAUUUUCCGCCUCCCCAAAACCUGGCCAACCAGAUAGAUUGCUUGGAGGCAACCCAUUAAUCCUCCCAACAUUUCCAGGUCCCUGGAGCUGCGCCCCAAGUGAGCCGUGCCUGCCAAGCGGCUGCGUGGCCCCUGCCCGCACUGAGGACUGUGGCAACGGUGGAGAUGAACGGGGUUGCG